AUGUCUGAAGAAGAGAAACAUAAUAUGUCUGAAGAGCAAGUUGAAUUGGCUCCAGAGGAGCCGCCAAAAGAGGAGGCAGAGGAUUCUGUUGAGGAUGGAAAAGACCAAGAGGAAACCAUGCCAGAGAAAGAAGAAGAGAUGGAUGAUCUUUUUGGUGAUGAUGAGGAUGAUGAGGAUGAGGAAGAGAUUACCACUGGCAGAGGCAGGAAUGGUACUACUGGAAUUAGCGAUGAUGAAGAAGACGAUGAUGAGGAAGGCAUCACCAGACGCAGUCGAGAACGUGAGGAUUAUGACAUGGAAGACUAUGACGAUGAAGCUAAGGAGCAGGAGAUGUACACAAGAAAGUUUUAUGGUGAGGAUGCAGUAAAUUAUUCAGACGAUGAUGAGCCACAUACGUUUAAGGAAUCAAACGUCGACUUGAUUAGACAUAUUAUCCCUUACAAGACCAGGACGACAAACAAUGAACACGAUGAAAUAUUUUAUGCUAAAGUUCCAGCCUUCUUAACAAUAGAUCCUGUACCAUUCGAUCCUCAAACUUUUGAAGCCACCGUUGAUGAAAGACUAAGCAAGUCUGCCUCAAAGGAGGACCAAUUAGGUGAUAGAUUAAUUGAUGAGAACACAAUUAGAUGGAGAUACUCUCGUGAUGCUGAGCAACACGUUUUCAAGGAGUCUAAUGCACAAAUUGUUCAAUGGUCAGACGGUUCGUUCUCGCUUAAAUUAGGCGACGAAUACACGGAUAUCAUAGUUAAUGACACAGACAAUACUUUCUUGACUGUUUCUCACGAUCAACAGGAACUAAUGCAAUGCUAUGAUGGUGGUGAAAUAACCAAGACUAUGAUGUUUAUACCUACCUCCACCAACUCGAAGAUACAUCAAAAACUAAGUAAAGCUGUUAGCAGGAGGAACGCAAGACAAAAUCUGGGUCCUGGUUCCUAUAUUAUCAAGCAGGAUCCAGAGAUAGAAAAGAAAGAGCUUGAAAAACUCCAAGGUCAAAUAAUAAGAGAGAGAAGGAAGAGACAACAGAAAGAGAUCGAAACUCGUGAAAAUGCCGAAAAUGGCUUCGCAGAGACCGGUGAGUUCAAGAGGGGCAACACUCCUUCGAGGUCUAGUAGGCAAAACGAAUACGAGGAUGAUGGUUUCUUAGUGGACGAUGAAGAUGAAGAGGACUUCAUAGACGAUGGUGAAGAAGAGGAAGAGGAAGAAGAAGAUGACGAUCUCGACGCUGAUAGAUUAAGAAACGCCAAAAGACAAGGAGAACAUGCUUUCACUGAGGAUGACGAUGAAGAAGACGACAACAAGAGAAGAAAAACAGCCAUUAUCAGUAGCGAAGAGGAUGACUGA